GCAAACUACAGGCCAAACGCCAAACGACUCGACCGCCAUGUUGACCUGUGCCUAACCGUUUCGGUCAGAUUGAUGCUUUUCCAAUUUUUUCCGUUUUGGAAUGGGAAAUUCUAGGCGAUUUUUCGCUAAAUCCGAUUUAUACAAGUGGAACAAGUGUGGGACGUAACUGGAUUUUACCCGGCGUUUGGGCCCAACAGCCGGAGCCCUACCAUUGAAUACCAACAGUCGGGAUGUUUUAUUCCCAUUUUAUUUUGGCGAAAAAGGGGCCGCUAGCCCGGAUUUGGCUGGCGGCUCACUGGGACAAGAAGAUUACCAAAGCCCAUGUCUUUGAGACGAAUAUCGAAACCUCAGUUGAUGGCAUCAUUAAGCCUAAAGUGAAGCUAGCCCUUCGAACAUCGGGCCAUUUACUGCUGGGAGUGGUUCGGAUCUAUUCACGCAAAGCCAAGUAUUUGUUGGCUGAUUGCAAUGAAGCCUUCGUCAAGAUUAAAAUGGCCUUUAGGCCGGGCAUGGUGGAUCUGCCGGAAGAACAUCGGGAGGCCGCCGUAAACGCCAUCACUUUGCCAGAAGUUUUCCACGACUUCGACACGGCGAUUCCCGAAUUAAAUGAUGUGGAUAUCGAGGCCCAGUUCAGUCUCAACCAGUCACGAGCCGAAGAAAUCACCAUGCGAGAAGAGUAUGGAAGCAUAUCACUAGUAAACCCUGAUGAUGGAUUUGGGGACAUGGGCUUUGAUUCGGAUGCGCCUGAAUUGAUGCGACAUGCCGGCGAUCUGGAACCUUCAAUGGAGCAGAGUAAUUUGCUGUUCAGUGAGCCCGUGUUGGAACCUGAAUCCAUGCAUAAAGAUUUAAGUGAACCGAUGCCCUCAACGUCCGGUACUCAAUCGCAUGAUCAACCAAUGGAAAUUGAUACUGGCGUGCAUGAUGAUAAUCUGAUAUCUGGAGGGUUGUUUGAAGGCGGCCUUUUCGAUGAAGCGCCUAUGGGCGAAGUUGCGCCAGUAGACACGAGUAUUCCGGUAUCUUCAAACCUGCCACGACCGCCCUUAGAUAGUGACGAUGAUGAUGGAGAUAUGGAUAAUUUUGGAGGGCCACCAUCAGUUGGGGGAAUGAGUUCGGUUGGAGGAUCGCGACCUCCAACGCCGCUAAAUGAUCACUCGCAGCAUCCUUCCACCCGACCUCAAUCACCAUCCCAUCAGUCAGUACCGCCUCAAUCACCCGCUCACAGUAUGAGGUCCAUGAGAAGUUUGCAACCAACUCCCGCGCCACCAGAUCUCCCUCAAGUUGAGGAACCCCCUCCAGCCAUUGAUCAGACGACUCUUCUGCAGAACGAAGAAGAGAGUUUUGCCCUUCCGCCAGUCGACACUACUGCACUAAAAGAUAUGUAUCUUCUAGGCGUGACCAAAACCAAACGGAAACGAAAACUGAUCAUUGACGAGGUGAAGAAUAUCAGCGGCGAGGAGAUGAAGAACCAACUGAGCGACACCACUGAUAUAGUUACCUCGCUCGACUUGGCGCCGCCAACUAAACGAUUGAUGCAUUGGAAGGAAACUGGAGGUGUGGAGAAGUUGUUUGCGCUGCCCGCUAGAUUGAUACCUGCUCGCAUUCUCUUCAAAAUCUACCAGAGGCAUUUGACAUUGAAACCCAUUCGAAAUGAAGACUUUGCCAUGCUGGGAGACGCAGAUUCACUGGCGUUGGAUCAGGCAAGAGACCACGAAGAGCCGAGCUUGGAGCCGGUUGUGCCGGUCAAACGUGGCAGAAAAAGGAAAGUUGUGGAAGAGCCUAGCCAAACUCCAUUACAUGUGCCCGAAGAGACGCCGAUUCAUAUGCAAUCGAUUUACCAUCCCUCGCCGGAGCAGCCGCUUCCGCCUUCCACUCCAAUGCCGCUUCACUCUCCUUUGCCACCACCAGGCACUCCCCUUCAUCCGCCAGGUACGCCAAUGGGGACUCCUAUGCACCACCCUGGUACUCCGCUUCAUGCGCCGGGUACUCCUAUGCAUCCCUCCCAGCUGGGGUUGCCUCCAGGUACGCCAGGGAAUGUUUAUGGCAUUCCUCCGCCGACUCCCAGUUAUGUAGGCGGCGGAUAUCCGGAAAGCUCAACCGGGAUGCCUGGUCAAACUCCCUUACAUUUACCCGAAGGGGAAAUGCCGCAUUUAGCUGCUGAUCAAGUGCAGUCCAUCUUGCAACAGCAAGAAAAUCUUGGGCUUCCACACAUGACUCCACAUGCUCAUCCAGACGAUCUCCUGACCCAUCAACAAAUGGGUCUUUCUCAUCCUCAAAUGAGCGGGUCUCAUCUGGAACUGCCUCCUCACUACGGAUUGGAUCAGCAGCAUAUGCUCAGCCCCCACAUGCCAGGUGUUUCUCACAUGUCAAUGGGAAUUCCAUCGGACAUAGUAAGCCAUCAGCACCUAUCGCAGGAAGGGUUGGCGUCGCAAACGCCUUUACGCAGCGACCACCAUAUUCAACCAAGAUUACCGGAGCAACCUUUGGAUCAGCUGCAGGAGGAUUUGCCGCCUAUGGACAACAUGGGUUACGAUCAGAUGGCCAAUAUGGGCUACGAUGAUCAAUUACCCAGUCAAACGCCCCAUGCCGGUAUGUCGGAGCGAGUGCACUCGCCUUGGGCUCCCGACUACGAUCUGCCCGCUUCGGUUGAUCCUACGGAAGAGCAACAAGUGGACGAGACAGAUGAACAAUUUGAGGAGCGAGUUCUGAACAAACGAGCAUAUCAGUUGUACUUGAUGGUGAGAAAUCGGCUAAACGACAACAAUCGGCUGACUCUGUCGGAGUUGUGUCUUCGCAACAAAAGGAAACAAUCGGCCCAGAAGUUCUACAGUUUAUUAGUGUUGAAAAAGUUUCAUGUUCUCGAACUGGAACAGCAGGGCGCCUACGAGGAAGUGUAUGUAACCAAGGGCUCGAAAUUCGAAAAUCCUGUAAUAUAAAUCGGAGAAAAUUGCCUACUGGGUGAGUAAAAGUGAUAUGUGCUUUUAAAUUUGAGUUCUACUUUUUUCUACAAUGGAGACUAAUUUGCUUGAAAAGCAGCGGAUUACGUCAAUUGUACAUAACUUUAUAAAUCGGCUAUGUUCGAAAAACUUGAAAUAUGGGAACAAACAUUGUUUUUUUUUAUAGCUGGUUCAAAAUGCAGAGUGUUUUAAAAUUUGGAAACGUCCAUUACUGUUGUAAUUUUCAAACACUCUGCACAAUAGUUCGUAGGUGCAGGUUAUUCGUGUAAUGUAGUCUCUUUUUAAGAUAAAAGUUGCUUUUUACACCAAAGUUUUUCUAUAACGCGUUUAGUUUAUUUUGAGCGGGAAUAAUCCAAGGCUGUGUUGAGACGAAGUGAAGAACGCCAGUUUCAGCACGUUUUCUUUAGCAGGAAAUAAUCCCAUCAGCCUUGUAUCCAGUGAAACAACCAUGGUGGUGUUUCAUUGAAUUAAGCGCCCUGACCAGCGUUGGUUGAUUUGGUUUGUUUCCUGUUAAAAACAUUAAAUUUACUAUAUUUUUUCGAUUCUCCACUUCGCCUUUCUGCUUGGAACUUUUCAGCAUCACACUGAUAUAUAUUAUAGUCAAUUUUACUCUUUUAUUAACACGAAGUUUUUGUAUGGAGGCGUAGCUUAUACUUUAUGUAAAUCUAACACUUUUGUAAGCGAUUUUUCCUUGAUAAUCUUCUGUGGUUUUUAUCAGAAAGGUUUUUUUAGCGGAGCAAAGUCGACUAUACACCGAAUUUUAAUUGAUUUUGUGAAUUUAAAAUUAUAGUACAAAAUGUACAAUUAAGAACAGAAGCAUUGAGGUUUUCCGGAGUGCAUAUUGUUUGGGCCAAUUUCUACCUUUUUAUCACUUUCUUUGCUCGACUAAAUAUGCAUUUCUUGGAGAUUGCCGAACUUCAGUUUUCACGUUUCUUCAUAUAUACUAGUGCCUAAAAGCCCUACUUUUUACAUUCAAUUAAUCAUAGUGCUAUUUUAAUUGGAUAGUUUUCCGAUUAUAAGCAACGAUGUUUUCUGGCAUUUUUUUGUGAAGUUUGAUAGCUUUGUUUAAUGUUUCACGUAACUAUUUAUAAAAGCUAUUGACUGAAUGUGUACGCGUUUAUUUUGUGACAAUUGGUGAGGCAAUCUCAAUGAAAAACUCAUUUAACAUGAAAUUUUAGGUUGAUCAUGCUGUAAAUUCACAUCUAUUCACGUUAUAUUAGAUUUUUAGUCUUUAUGUAAGAGGUUUUCUUUGAAAGGUAAUAUAUUAUGAAGUUGUUAUUACAUUGAUAAUGUUUAUAGAGUAAAACUAAUGGAAAAUAA